AUGCUAAGUUUCUCACCUGCAUUGAUACCACUGUGCGUUAUCGCUCAUGUAUUCCCAUGCAGAAAUGAGAUAUUCCGCCGCUACAAUAAGGCAGGCUUUCAUGUCAAGACAAUCAAGUGUGAUCGGGCAUUCAUUCCUCUGACGGAUAAUAUGCUAGAUGAUAUGGGUAUUACUAUUGACCCGACUGCAGCUGGAGACCACGAGCCUACAGCUGAGCGAAACAAUCAAACGCUGAAAGAAAGAGUCAGAGUAGCUAUUGCACGAUUACCCUACAAAGUGGUACCAAAGGUGAUCACUGAAUGUCUUGGACGUCGAGCCGCCGAGCUAUUGAAUGUCUUUCCCCAGAAAGACAGUAUUUCCUCACAUUUCAGUCCGCAGCAACUCAUUGAUAAUGUCAAUAUCAACUACAAGAGUGACAUGGUUGCUGAGCUUGGACAGUAUGUUCAUGCAAUUGGGACGGAUUCCAACAAUUCAAUGGAACCGCGAAGUAUUGAAGCAAUCUACAUUGAACCUACAAAGGGACAACGUACAGGGCACCGACGUGUUGAAGCUUGGGCUGCUGCCAAAGGUGUUACUUCCAUGAAGUUCUUUGAUAAGAAGAGAGAUUUGGAGACAUUUCAAGAUGGCGAUCAAAUUGAAGGAGUGGAUGACACAGAACAAGGUUACUUAGAGGAAGCCUUUGAUCAGGACUAUGAACCUGAAGAAGAAGAUGAACGUGAUUUUAACCUACGUGGACAAUUCGAUGAUAUUGAUGACUCCAAAAGGAAAGAGCUCUUGGCAGAUGCAGAGAAUGAUGUCGAUGAUAUGCCAGAACUCACUGUCAGAUUCCAAGGGGUUGAUGACUAUGAAUCAGAUGACGCCGAUUCGGGUGAUGAGGAAGAAGAAGGUGUUGUGGCCAAUUUGGAUCACCAUCAAGAAAAUGUCGAUAGAGGAACCAAUGACAUUGGAAGCCUCGUUACUGAUCUGGAGGAUCUAUAA